AUGGAGCUUCCACGCCUCGCAGUCCCCUUGGGCGAAUUCGUCCCUCAUUUGGGAGGACAGAAUCGCCGUAAUAUCCUGGAUGGUGACUGCCUGGCUCCUUAUAAGGCCUACGAGUCGAAACUGCGUGAGGUUUUUGCACAAGAUCCAGGAAACGAGGCUCUCUUAGACCCCCACGUCAAUGUUGUUCCCAUCUACGCUGGCGACCAGGAACAUCUGAAAGUGAAGGCCCGGAACCUGGAACAGGAGUCUACGGAGGAGAGUGAGAAGUAUUUGCUCCCUCUGACUUCCACAUUCCGUAGGGAAGAGGGAUCGUUUGCUGUUGUCCCCUCUCUUAAUGAAUUCAAGGACAACUUUCGGCUAUUCUCUGAAUCGUCUCUGGUCGACUUGGACUGGAGCAAUGUGGUCGUCGCGGGAAGUGCCGUGACGACUUGCCUCUUGCCUCUUUCUGAGGAGCACAAGUCUUCUCGCAAAGCUCAACGGGAAUUUUAUCAUGAAAAAAUUGCUCCGGCUUCCGAUGUUGAUUUGUUCAUCUAUGGAUUGAACGAAGAACAGGCCAUUGAAAAAAUUAAACGGAUUGAGAAAUGUAUUAGAGACAGCAUCUUGGAAGAGACAACUGUCAUUCGCACCAAGAAUGCUCUGACAAUUGCAUCAAAGUAUCCUACACGUCAUGUCCAGAUUGUCCUCCGCCUCUACAAGAGUGUGUCGGAAAUUCUGACUGGCUUUGACGUCGACUGCUCUUGCACUGCUUUCGAUGGCUCUCAAGUAUGGGCUAGUCCGCGGGCCCUGGCCUCCUUCGUCACACAGGCCAAUACUAUUGACCUGACUCGACGGUCCCCGUCAUACGAAAACCGUCUUGCUAAAUACUCACAUCGUGGGUUCGAAGUAUACUGGCCACACCUGAAUCGUUCGAAGGUUGACCCAACAAUCUAUGAACGGGCAUUCAGUCAUGUUGUUGGUCUAGCCCGGAUUCUAGUUAUGGAGAAGCUUCCUACGGCUGGGGCUAGAGACAGUUAUGUUGAGCAGCGCCGUUCCGAGCGUGACAGACCUCCUUCGACAAAAGAAAAAUUCUACCGUAACCCUCAAGGAAAUCUUAAGGAAUACCAACCUGAGGAUGUGGCCGAGUGGGUUGAGGAGGAAGAUGUUUCGAACUAUCAUACAUUCACUAUUCCGUAUGGUCCAAAAUAUACAGCCAAAAAGAUUGAAAAACUGCUCUAUAAAAAAGAUCUUUUGCUCAAUGCUGAAUGGAACAAGUCAAAAGAGCGGACCGUGAAUCUCCAUAGACACCCUGCAUUCUUUGGUGCGGUUGAGCACGUUAUCGAGGAUUGCUGUGGUUUCUGCCCUAAACCAGUCACUGAAGAGGAGAUUGAAGUUGCAGAAGAAGAAAGUAAGAGAUUUAUCUCUGGAAAAGUUCAGUUUAUGAAAGAUGACCCGGGUAGACAAGCCAUUGGUAGUUUUAACCCUAUAACGGAUUCUGACUGGACGGAAAUGGCAUACAUUGGGGACACUGCUCGUCUAUGUCAGGCAAUCGUGGACAACGAUGUCGAAGUUGUCAAAGCAUGUUGUGCCCAAGAAGGGUUUAAUGUUGACCAACGCGACCACACUGGGAGAAUGCCUCUACAUUUGGCGAUCAUGUGCAGUACUCCUGAAGUUGUACAAUGCCUCAUUGACAAUGGAGCACGACUUAUUGCAAGAGUUGCUGGAGGAUAUACUUCUCUCCACCUAGCAGCGGCUCGUGGAAACGGUGAGAUAUUGAAAGCCAUCCUUCGUAAAAGCGAGGCGAAUAAGGCGGAGCAUGCAGAGAAGAACGAAAAGAAACCGGCAACCCCGGCUGCUGGAGAAUCUGACAAGGAUAACGAAGACGCGGACGAAGACGAGGAUGAAAACGAGGACGAGGACGAUGACAUCUCUGUUGUUCAAAGUGUGAGUGAUGAAGCUUACGCUGCAACUCAGGGUUCGAUGGUCGUGAUCAAGAAGUCUACUCCUGAAUAUGAAAACCCGCCUGAAGAAGCCGAAGGUGAAGAAGAUGAUGAACCCAAUUUUUACGACAAUGUCGAUGUUCUUUCCUGGGAUACACCUAUCAGCGCUCUCCAUCUGGCGUUGUUGAACGGACAUUCCGACAUCGUUCAUAUCCUUGCGACCGAGUUUGGUGCUAAUGUCGCUCAACCCAUCGUCUGGAGGAAACCGGCAUACUACUCCAAACAGCAUGUGACACUAUCUAUGGCUUUGGCAACUCACCAUCCCCUUGAUGAUUCCAAACGGAUGUUGCGCACCCUUUUAGAACUGGGUGCAUCUUCGACACAGGCAGAUAUGAACCAUAUCACCGCUUUCCAUUCCAUAGUGAUGGAGGGCGAAACAGAGCUGAUUGAUACUCUAUUCGAACUCGAUGGACCUGCUGCCCAGCUUGCAAUCAAUCACCCAGCUGUGGGCGCUGGCUACAGUGCCAACGCUUCACUACCGUUAUCAUCUGCCGCGAGAUCUAGAGGUAGUCCAAUGAUUAAGAAGCUAUUAGAACAUGGUGCAAGUUUGUCUGCGUCAAGCGAACGUCUGCGACGAUUCUGGGCGCGUCGUGAAAAGAACAAUUCAACACCACUAGAAAAUCACCUUGCGCCGCCGAUCGUCGUCGCAGCACAGUUUGGAAGUCCUGCAGUUAUCAAAAUCCUGUUGGAUGCCGGUUCAGAUGUGAACGCGCUUACGCCAGAUUCCCACGCCUUGUUGACCAGCAAGUAUUCAAAUUCGGAUAAUGGUCAGACUAUUCUUGACAUAAUUAAUUCAAGACUGGAGUUUUUGCGAAAUCCGGAACGGGACAAUAACCUUCGUGGAGAACCGAUCACUCCUGAACCCCCUGCACUGGAGCCAGAUGAAGUAUAUCUACAAGGGUUAAAAGAAGGGAGCUAUGAGCACAGGUUUGUUCUUACGGAGCUAGAUAUGGCAAAACAUGCGGUGGAGAUGAUGAAGAAGAAACGCGAGAGGGGACUUGAAAAUAAUGCUGAAAAGUAUAAAAAUGAUGACGCAAAAGCAAAAUGGAUUAAAGCUGAGCUGGAAGCUUUGGAAAUAAUUAAGGAAACAUUGAUCCAAAAGGAUGCCAAAACGUUUCAGGAGUUGCAUCCUGACUUUAAGGGGAAAUCUAGGCACCGGAACCAUAGUCGUCGAGGUGACUCGGAAGAACCUGAUACUGAAUCAGAUAAGAAAUUCUCCAUUACUUGCUCUUUUCGUGAUUACGAGCUUGGACCAGUGGAUAAUCCUGGCUAUAUGGAAUUAUUCGAAGCUGCUUGGGAUGAUGAUAUUGAAAAGCUUAAACGACUUACACUUGGCUCAGGAAGCUCUGAUCAAAAAGAAGCGCUUCUCCGAGUGUCUGUUUGUGAUAAACGCGGCGUUGACCCUUUUGUGAUCGCUCUCGCGCGCGGCCAUCUAGAGCUGGCUAAGACCGUCCUUGAAAUUGUGGAAGCGCAAUAUGUUCCAAAGACUGAAGCUCCAGUCCACAAGCAGUACGAAGUUGUGAUCGAUUCCGAACUGGAGAGUGAAUACUCGGAUUCCGAAAGCGAAUCAGAAACUGAAGAUAACCAUGGAGUUGGCGUUCGCUUUAAUGUUGUUGACGAACAGCAUACUAUUGAUGAUGUUAGAGAGUUGGGCAACAUCGUCAAAUCUUCGACCCCACCAAGACAGCUUGUUGUUGGUUAUUGCAACCCGUCUAUCUUUGUGGCUCCUUCCGUGAAAGACCUUGCGCCAGGCUAUGGUAGGGCACUGAGCUCAUAUACCUAUGGAAAAAAACGGAUUACAAGCGUGGUAUGUAUCUGCGAACGAAUUCUAUCUUUUUUCAUGAAGCUUUUUUGUCGACUAAUGUUUGUCCAGGGCUUUUUGGAUGAUGUGUGCACAGAAUGGCGUAAGGGGACAAUGGAUUUAAUAUCAUUUGCUGUAGAGAUGAAUGAUUUGGCUAUUUUGGACUUUAUUAUUGACCAAACUCUGAAAUAUCGAAAGCCAGAAGACAAGGAGGAAGAACCCGCAUUUCUGUCUGUCGGAUAUGCUCCAUUCAAACUGGCGAUGGAACGAGGCUACACCAAGAUAUUAGGCCACCUUAUCGCAAAAACAGGAGUCCAAUUUCCCUUCAAGAGUUUGAUGAAGAAAGCGGGCAUUAAAUCGGAUUCAAAACCUGACUACUAUCAAGGACUCACAGUCUACGGAAGAAAACGAGAAGACUGGGCCGCUGAGAAUGGUCAUGGGACGUACUCUUCUUCGGAAGUGGAGGAAAGUCUGCUUUUGCACGCCGCAUUCAGCGCAAAUGUCGAGUCUAUUAAAUGGGCACUCACCGAUGCUCCGGAUCAGAUGUACAAACAAUUUGCGUCUACGUACGCAGAUGAUAAGCGGCUAAUGUCGUUUUCUAACGUUCCUGGAGGGUUUGAAGGAGUCCUCUCGUCUUGGUUGAACACUCGAAGGGAACUUGCACUUCAUUGUGCGGUGCUUAGCAACGCUAAAAAGGAGCAAAGUAGCGCUCAUGUUGAAUUACUGAUCGAUAAAAUCCCUGAUUCUCUAAAUGCCAAAAACAAAGAUGGCUAUACGCCUCUCCAUGUUGCUAUUAUUAAACGAAAAAUAAUAGCAGCAAAGGCAAUUGUUAAGGCUGGGGCAGACCAAAUGGCCCGAGAUAUCGCCGGCCGUAACCUUCUACAUUUCAUUCUUUGCCCAUCGGGGAAGAAUACCAUUCUUAAGUCAACGAGUUUGUUUGGGGUUUUGUCAGCCAUUUUGGACAAGGAAGUGCUCCAAUUGCUUGCAGCCCAGCGAUCGCACGUCAACAAACAGAAAGACCAGAGAGACUCGUGGGGGAUGCAGACGCCUUUGGCCGAAUGGCUCACCGGGGCCGACAAUUCGCAAGCAGAAAUGCUCCAAGUUAUGCUGCAGGCCACCGGUGGAAAAGAGUUAUACAUUCUUGACGGUGAAGGGAACUAUCCAAUUCACCAAGCUGUUCGAAGAAGAUGCACUAGAUUGGUUCGCGUUAUGCUAGAUAUGGAUCCGAGCCUCGCAUUGUUGGAGAAUGCCACUGGCGCUACUCCUCUGGAAUUAUCUGAAAACAAGUAUUUCAGUGCCGUUCUCGCAUCUCUGAAACAAGGAUCCUCCAAAAUCUGUGAGGCGGAGCGAUCAGAGCUCUGGGAUGGAACGCCUUGUGUCUACUCUUCUAUUUACAGGAACUGGUAUUACCACACAACUGAACCGAAAUUUUCGGAGCCUUUCAAAGGAGAGGAUGAGGAUAGACCUCGAUUUUUGUCGAAUAAUCGUCAGGAUGGGAGAAUGUACCGCAUGCUUCAAGAUAUCAUCGUGAAUAACCCACUGAAGAGGAAACUGGUUAGUUUACAGGACGCUAAUCAGCUUGUGAAGAGACUGGCCGGGAGGAAAUGGAGGAGGGUUGGCGAAGAACGAGGGGAGAAUAAGGUAGAGCAGGAUGAGGUCAGCAAGCAUCUACUAGGUUCGAGUUCAGAGGAAAACUGGGAGGUUGAAGAGAUCAUAAAGCAAGAUAAAAAAGAGGCGAUGACACCAGACGAAAGCGAUACUGAGGGUAGUGAUGGCAGUGAAGCUGAGUAUGACAGUGAUUAUUGA